UCGUAGCGUUUCCAUAUUGUACUAAUGUACUUUGUGCUGUUCGUGAGUGGUUAUUUGAUCUAUACUCAGUUACGAUGCCCCGAAGGUGUUGUAUGCCGAAUUGCAGGGGCAAUUACGAUAAUGGACCUAAAGUCAGUGUAUUUUAUUUUCCAUCUGACGAGAAUUUAAGACGAAAAUGGUUAUCGGCUGUUCACAGACAAGACUGGACACCGAGUAAGCACUCUGUUAUAUGUGAACUGAAUUUCAACAAGGACGAUAUUUUAAGCAGUACCAGCAUGUAUGACCCGAAAACUGGUAUACUCUUGACAGCACCGUUGGAUCGUCGACGCUUGAGAAAAGAUGCAAUCCCAUUGAAGUUGCCUGAAUGUCCAUCUUACUUGUCGAGUCAUCAAAUUGCAGUACGAGAGGACCCAGAAAUUCGUAGGGGGCAUUUAGAAAAUCGUGCUCUUCAAAUUGCUAUCCAAGAAAGUGUGGACACACAUGCGAAAAUGAUUGAUGCGAUAUCGUUCGAUAGUUUAGAACAAAUGAAAACAAAGUUGAGUGAAUGUGAAAAGCACAGUGACUGGGUAGUGAUAAACAAAUCUGACAGUGUGAGACUAGUGUUACUAAAGCAUAAUCCUUACCCAAGAAUUUUUUGCCACGUAGUUAUAAGCAGUGGUUUAUUACUCAGUGUCUUCAAUAAUGAUAUUGAAGUGAAAUGUAUUGGAAACAUGAAAUUUCCCAUGAAAGUAAACAACAUACAGGUGGUAAGUGAUGUUCUUAAGAACAUUUAUCUUCUGUAUAAUAGUUCUGAGGCUCCUGUAGAUAACAUUUUGUCUUUCAUUGACCAGUUAUUGCAAAAUUUAUUAGAAAAGUUACCAAGAAACGAAACUAAAAUUACAUUUUUGAAGGAACAGAUUUCAUUUUUGAAGUGCAGAAGUUCAACUAAAUUUAGGUAUGAUACUAACUCUAUGAUAAUGUGGUCAUUAGUACAUUCUAUAAGCCCACAUGCUUACAAAUUUUUGAGGAACACUGACAGUUUUUCUAUGCCUAGUCCUAACACCCUUUCAAGGCUUUGUAGUAAACUCUCAACAAAUCCUGUCAUUGAGCAACAGGGUCAUCAGUUUAUGAGCUACAUCACAAAUAACGUAGGUACUUUAUCCUCAGAUGAUAAAACUGUGCUCCUGUUGAUGGAUGAAAUUCAUCUGAAGUCUCAGCUUGAUUACAAAGCUGGAAAUGUUGUAGGAUGUGCCUUUAACACUGAAAAAUUUUUGUGUGCAACCAGCGCCUAUGUUUUUAUGGUUCAGAGCAUGGAAUCACCUUACAAGGAUGUGGUAUCUAUUCUGCCAGUUCAUACUAUUCAGGGUGAUGUUCUGUUCUCUUACAUUAAAGCAGUCAUUGUUAAAUUAGAAGCAGUUGGAUUUGAGGUGGUUGGUAUAGUAGCAGACAAUAAUGCAAUUAAUAAGAAAGCAAAUGUCUAA